UAAUACACUUUGGAAAGAGGCUAAAGUCUCCUCAUUAUUUGUGUCCUGACCGAUACAGAAGAGUCUUUACAGCUUAUAUGAGUAGAGUCAGAGCCUAUCAGUCCCUUUCCUCUUUAACAAAAUGGUUGUUCAAGCUGGAUAGCAGUGUUCAUUCCUGGCACCUUCGAAUUGGAUGAUGAGAUCAUUGGGGCAACCAGACCAAAGUGCCAAACACGUCCACCAAUCUGACUCAAAGAUUUUGAACAUGCAAUAUGUAAGGGGCAGACCCGAAACUGAAAAUGCUAUCUCACCUCCCUGGGAGGCACCUGUCCAUGUGACACCUCCCCAGUUAUCAUGGAACUAUCCUGACCACCUCUACGGUGAUGCUGCUCCUCACACAGAUCGCCGGUUAGGUCCACCAAGCUUCAGUAGUCCAGAGCGCAGCGGAACCCUACAUCAAUCAUUCAUGUCAGCCCAGCAGUACAGUUACCCUGAUCCAAGUGAGUUUGCCAGACUUUGAAUAGCUUUGGAAAACCUGCUCCCUCCAGAUGGGACUGAACUCUUUAAAUAUCAGAUAUUAUUGGAGCACUUAAAGUUAGAUGAGGCUAGGCUGAUAGCGGAUGCCUAUUUGAAUUUGCUUAUCCCCUUUACUGUUAUCAUGGUGGCCCUCCAGGAGAAGUUCGGUCAGCCCCACUAGCUGGCUUUGAAGAAAAUUGCAAGUGUCCUGGAAGCCCCUGAUGUAAAGCGUGGGGAUACAGUUGCAUUCCAUAAGUUCCAGAAACUCUUCAGGUACAGUCAUUGGUGGGUUUGAUGAAAACCUUAGGAUCUGAGGUGACAUUGAACUGAAUUGUGGAUCCCGUGUCGCAUGUCUUUUGAGCAAGCUUCCUUCCGACCAGCGAGCUGAAUUCCGCCGUCACAUGAUCUGGCAACCUGGAACUGCACCUACCUUAUAUGACCUCUCUAACUGGCUCCGCUAUGAAGCCAUAGCUUUGAAGUAGAGACUGCCUCAAGAGGAGUUCAAGACCGACAGACCUCUAGGUCUGAACAGAGUAAGAGGACUGUAGUCAUUCUUCCUGGGGUUGGAGAGACUCAAAAUGUACCUUCCCUGUCACCUCAGAAGGGUACUAAUCAACAGAUCAAGUCAUUCAGCGUAAAACGAUUCUGUCCCUUCUGUGAUAGUACAGACCAUUAUUUGAGUCAAUGCAAAGCAUUUGUUUGUUUUGCAUUUGCAAAAGUCAUUAUUGGGCAGUUGUGGAAUAAACAAUGGACGACCCAAAUUUACCACCUGAGCUCCUCCAGUCAUGGUGCAUCUGGCAGAAUGAAAUUCAGGACCUACCCAAUAUCACUGUCCCUAGGGCAUAUGUCUCUCCUGAGAUUGAGCUGGAUAGUGCUACAUAUGACGUCCACACAUCUUCAGAUGCUUCGGAGCAAGCAUAUGGAGCUGUGACAUACUUGAGGGCCAUUGACAAGAAAGGCCAGAUCUAUUUAUUUUUCAUUGUAACUUGAUCCUGAGUGGCCCCCAAACAGUCUCACCCCAGUCCUCGAUUGGAGCUUUGUGGAGCCCUUGUGGCAGCCCAGUUAGCAAGAUUGCUGAAGAGGGAACUGACCUUGCAGAUAGAGACUACAGUGCUGUGGACAGACUCUACCAAGGUCUUUACUUGGCUGAACUCAGAGUCCUGUCACUACUAAGUCUUCACUGAAAACAGAAUAGCUGAAUAGCCGUCCAGGAACUAAUAGAGAAGUGUUCCUGGCACUAUGUGGAUUAAGCUAAUAAUCCUGCCGAUGACCUCACUAGAGGCAAACCUCUGAGUGCUCUUACCAAACUGAAGAGGUGGUCUCAAUGGUCUCGCUUCUUAAUCCAGGAUCCAGCUAUUUGACUAUAAGAAUAGUCCUGACAGAUGACCACACUGGACUACAUAAGUCUGCCUUCAGUGGCGCCACCACAGUGUCUCCUCAAUCCAGCAACCCUGAUGAAUCUUAAGAUUAUUGCCAAGCUGAGAUCCUUAUUCCUAAGCAGGUUCAGCAGGAGUCCUUCCCUGAUGACUAUCAACGCCUGGUAACUGGGAAAUCAGUGUUCUCAUGAAGUCCCUUUAGCCCCUGAGAUUGAAGGAUCUAGUGGUUUUUAUCAGAGCUAGAGGUUGAUAAAGUAGAGCUGAGUCCACUGAAGUAUCUACCAUACACCCCAUUGUCUUGGAUGGUUAUCGCAUUAUGAUCGCAAACUGCAUCAUCCAGGACCUGGAGUGAGUGUUUGCCAAAAUGCGGUGGUAUUAUUGGACCGUGAAGCCAUUUGUCGGAUCCACUUCCACUUCAACCCCCAGCAACUCCACAUUUCUGAGGAGUGUGGGAGAGGGAAGUACGAUCUGUAAAGUCAGCCCUUUAUACUACAGUGGGAGCUCAGUCAGCUCCAGACAGUCCUUUUGACAGUCCUUCUAGAGCUGGAUGCAAUUCUGAACUCAAAGCCUUUAGGGUAUGUGUCAUCGGAUGUUGUGGACAGUGAUUCAGUGACACCUAACAGUUUGCUCAUGGGGCAGCCAUACAGUUCCUUGCCUACCCAGAGUCUGAACUGUUGAUUCACAGAUGCUGUAGGCGUUCACAAGUCUUAGCUGAUAACCAGGUUUAUUUGAAACUACCUUCCUGGCCUCCUGACACGGGAGAAGUGGUAGUCCUCUUCCCUGACUUAGCAGAGAAAAUGGUUGUCAUGGUUGUAGAUCCAUAAAUGCCUAGGGUCUUCUGGCCUGUUGGACAUGUCAUCAAGACACACUGUAGUCCGGAUGGAUAUGUCAGGUCUGUUGAUGUAGACAUAAAAAGGCAAGUUUACACUCGGCCAAUAGCACGAUGGGUGAUCCUACCAGCUCUGCCAGAUAAUGGAAACAAUCCUUCAAGCCCAAACGGAGUUAAUGUAAGUUUCCUUGUAUAAAAGGCUCCUGAAGGAGGGACUUCAACUGUAGAAUAUUCAUGUAAGUUGCAAUACUUAUACUUCCAGUAAGGGGCAGUAUUGUUCUAGUUUGCUGCCUGCUGAGUUAUUAAUACGGAGUGUAAUACUGAGAUAAUAUCAGCUGGGUGAAUGUAAAGUUUCUUUUCUGCCUGUCAUGUGGAUAUUCAUUGGUGAUUUGGUGUUCAAAUUGUUAGUACAUGGCCAUAAAACCCAGUUGCACUUCCUGAUAUCAGACUGUGAGUCAGAAACAACCCGGUCGGAGUCUACAGGGAAUCUACUGGGAAAUUACUGCUUUGAAUUUCUGUGCCACUGUUACUCAGUUUUUUACAGGAUAAAAGGUUGAUGCAGUUGCACUUCUGAACACUUGAUGAAAGUCUCACCAUACAGUCCAAAUCUUUUUGCUUCUUUGGGAAUCCAACCCAUUUUUGAUCAGAGUGGCUAAAAAAUGGCUAUAGGAACUGCAUUCUGUGUUGUUCAGCCUUGCUUCAUUUUUCUGCUGGCAUUACUUACAUUCUCUUCUGUUGAAGCUACAGAGUGUCCUCAACUAUGUGUAUGUGAAAUCCGGCCCUGGUUCACACCGCAGUCCACCUACAGGGAAGCUAUAACUGUAGACUGCAAUGACCUUCGUCUUACACGCAUCCCUGGAAAUCUGUCAAGUGAUACGCAAGUGUUGCUAUUGCAGAGUAACUACAUUGCCAGAACCAGUGAGGAACUGGAGCAGUUGCUAAACCUGACUGAACUGGAUCUUUCCCAGAACAACUUUACCAACAUUCGUGACAUAGGCCUGACCAACAUGUCCCAGCUCACCACACUCCAUCUGGAGGAGAACCAGAUUGUUGAGAUGCCUGACUUCAGCCUUCAGGACCUUACAAACCUUCAGGAGCUUUAUAUAAACCACAAUCAAAUUAGUUCCAUUGAACCUAAUGCAUUUGCUGGUUUGCGCAACUUGCUAAGGCUACACCUGAACUCAAACAAGCUCAAAGCUAUUGAUAGCCGUUGGUUUGAUUCAACCCCUAACCUUGAGAUCUUAAUGAUUGGGGAAAAUCCUGUGGUUGGUAUACUGGAUUUGAAUUUUAAACCACUUGUUAACCUUAGAAGUUUGGUAUUAGCAGGGAUGGAACUUACUGAUAUACCAGGCAAUGCUUUUGUUGGACUGGACAAUCUUGAGAGCCUCUCUUUCUAUGAUAAUAAACUUGUGAAUGUUCCUCAAAAUGCUCUACAGAAACUAUCAAACCUGAAAUUUCUGGAUUUGAACAAAAACCCUGUACACAAAAUCCAGGAGGGGGACUUUAAAAAUAUGUUGAGGCUGAAAGAACUUGGUAUUAAUAAUAUGGGGGAGCUUGUCUCUAUUGAUCGUUUUGCCCUGGAUAAUCUCCCAGAAUUGACCAAACUUGAGGCCACCAAUAACCCCAAGCUCUCGUACAUUAGCCGAUUAGCAUUCCGUGAUGUUCCAUCUCUUGAGAGUCUCAUGCUCAACAACAAUGCUCUAAACUCUGUUUACCUGGCAACAGUAGAAUCUUUACCCAACCUGCGGGAGAUCAGCAUUCACAGCAACCCACUACGGUGUGAUUGUGUUAUCCAAUGGAUGAGUUCAAAUAAGACAUCCAUACGAUUCAUGGAACCUCUUUCAAUGUAUUGUGCAAUGCCACCUGAGGUCAGAGGCCAGCGCAUGAGAGAUGUACUUUCACAUGAAUCUGCUGAGCAAUGUUUGCCAAUGAUAUCCCAUGAUACCUUCCCUAACCAUCUUAACCUGGAUAUUGGCAUGGCUGUAGACCUUGACUGUCGUGCAAUGGCGGAGCCUGAACCAGAGAUAUACUGGGUGACACCAUUAGGUAACAAGGUCAUGAUGGAUACUGUGUCUGAUAAGUACCAUCUGAACAGUGCUGGAACACUACAUAUAUCAAACAUUCAGGCUGAUGAUUCCGGUCGCUACACCUGUGUUGCUCAGAAUACAGAGGGUGCUGACACUCGGGUGACUGCAAUCCGGGUCAAUGGUACUCUCCUGGACAGCACUCAGCUUAUGAAAAUUUAUGUGAAACAGACAGAAUCCCACUCAAUACUGGUGUCCUGGAAGGUAAACUCCAACGUGAUGACUUCUAACCUCAAGUGGUCUUCAGCCACCAUGAAGAUUGACAACCCCCAUAUCACCUAUACUGCCAGAGUCCCUGUAGAUGUCCAUGAGUAUAAUCUGACACACCUUCAGCCAGCUACUGAAUAUGAGGUCUGUCUCUCAGUUUCCAAUAUCCACCAACAGACUCAAAAGUCUUGUGUAAAUGUCACAACUAAACAUUCCACUUUUGCUGUGGAAAUAUCCGACCAAGGCACCAACACAGCUCUUGCUGCUGUCAUGGGUACAAUCUUGGCUAUCAUCAGCCUGGGGUUCAUCUCUGUCUAUAUUGCCAAGAGAUGGAAAAGGAAGAAUUACCACCACUCCCUCAAAAAGUACAUGCAGAAAACCUCUUCCAUUCCUCUGAACGAGCUAUACCCUCCUCUCAUCAAUCUGUGGGAUGUAGACACUGAAAAGGACAAAGAUGGCUCCUUGGAGCCAAAGGCAAGCCAGGUUGACACUACAAGAAGCUACUACAUGUGGUGAAGUCCAUCAAACUGUUGUUUUGGAGCACAAAGACACGUUUGACUUAUUUGUGCAAAAAUGAAAGUGGAUUUAUUCUCUGCUUUGCUGAUUGGUAACAACUACACUGCCAGUCAAAAGUUUUUGAACACAUUUUUUUUAUGUUUUAUUACAGUUUUACAAAAUUAAACAAGUAUGUUAAUUUUGCUUUAUUAUAAUGCUUUAUUGAAGGCAAGUGCACUUGUUUAGUGAACUACUUACUGCAAGACUGUAAGCCUAUAUAAGUGUGCAUCGAGACUGGGAUCCUGCAGAACCCAGCAAAAAAAAAAAGCUGUGGGAGCAGAUGGUUUUUACUUUCAUGUGCGUGGGAGCAGGCAAUGAGAUAUGUAGCUCACAGGAGAAAGCAAGGCCACAUUCCUUAACAUGGGAGCAUACCGAGUGCUCACGUGGCACAGUGUUCAUUAAUUUAGUUUAUUAAUGUUCAGUAACUGUUUUAAUUUAGGGUGACGAUGGUUUAAAUGACUAAUUUGUAUAUAUAUUGGGAAAUAGAACCAACUAAGUUCCUUAGAAAAUAUUGUGAGUCAGUGCAAAAAAUAAAUAAAUAAUUGCGAAAACAGGAUACAUUGGUCUGCAGCAGCAGGCAGGAUUAGUCACAAGUGCCUGCUGGAUUGGUAAGACUUUCUUCAGGAGCAGACGGGAGUGGGAUUAAAAAAAAAAAAAAAAAAAAAAGAAACAGUCCCCCAAACACCUCUACUACAAGUGCCUAAUUAGAGUUAUCCAGGCUUUUUUCCAGUUAGAGCUAAGUUUUUCCCAAUAAAAUAAAAUGUUUUCAGUGUUUCUCAGUUCAUUUAUACAUAUUUCUUACUUAGAAUUUCUAAUUCUAGAGUAUUUACCUUGAACCCUUUUUUUUUUAAGUUUAACCAUAAGUUUUAAUAGAGGCAUUCAGAAACUUUUGAUUGGCAGUGUAAAUGGACUAACGAUUCAGAUAUUUUAGUAGAGCAUAUUACUUUUUUCUUCUUAGCUCAAUAUUGCAGCUUUGUUUAGUUUCUGAGAAAUGUUAGUAGCUGUGCUUUUUAUGUUCAGUAUAUUUUAAUAGCACAGCAUAGAUAUUGUCAAAGAUUAUUUUUGGGUCAGUUGAUGCUGUAGCAGUUUGAUCCAGUACUGUACAAAUGUCUUUGGCAGUAUUCACAUAGAAUGUAAAGUUUCUUUCUUUCUUUUGUAAAACAGUUUAUCUGUUGUGCACUGAAAUAUAUUAAGAAUUUUGUCCAUGGACUACAGUGUAAGCUGACAAAAUGAUUUUAGACUUGAGAUACUGUCUAUUAAAUGAUGUUAGCAAUUGUUCUGUAAUGUUGUAUCAACUAUAAUUUUAACUUUUUGGUUUUUUUUAUUAAACAUUAAAUUUUGAUUUAGAACUUAAAGGAGUAGUUCUACAUUUUGGAUUUUUUUUUUUUUUUACAUUUUCAAGACCUAAUUAAUUAAUCAGUAGCAUUUUCUACUUCUCUGCAUGUAGUUUGAUUAUCAGAGAGGCCUAGUUCUGCUUCCACCAGGGUGCUUUCUUUCUGGAACUAGUGCUCAUUUCCUAGAACACUAAUAGCAAAUUUGUCACCUUGUUAUCAUGACCUCACAGAUGUAGCCUAUAAAAUCCUAUAAAACAUCACAGUGACAUCAUGGUAACUUUAGUAUUCAUUUAUUGAUAUUCAUCACUGACUCAGAGGGCAGUAAUGUGGCUUUUUUGUGUUGGCAUGCAGCAGCUUGGAGUUAGUCUGGAUUGAUUAAUAGCAUAACUUUAUAAGUUCAUAAAUUUUAACUUGUGAAUUGCUUAUUUUUUCCAAUUUCUUAAUCUCCUGUAUUUAAAGGCACAGUGGUGAGCUGUUUGUGCAGCUGAGCCCUAAUGGAGUUGGAUGAUGGACAUGAACAAUGAACAAGCAUCUUCAACAAACACUUUCACACCCUUGCCCUAAUUGCAGCAUAAUGCCAAUUGCGAUACAAGAAACAUGCCUCACAGGCCAUGGAGGAACUGCUGCCUAUUCAGCAACCUUCCCCAACACUGUAGGAAUGCAGAUGUGACUGCAAGGGUCACUAGGAAAAGAAAGACAAGCUUUUUUGUGGCACAGUCAAAUGAAGAACUGCACCCAACACAGGGUUCACAGCUGCUUACCACCAUGGAGAGGAGAGCGCUCUUACUGUAUUGUAACAUAGAGUAGAGGAGAUGAUAUCAGGCAUAAGCUGUUAGCGGCAAUGCAAAAGUGCAGAGCACUGUGGACCUUAGUACAGCUGCCUCGUAUGUAGAGCCAGACCCUGACGUACUUACCCUGGCUGCAUCUCAUUCUCUAAACUUGAAGACCAUCUUGGAGAAGAGUUCUGACAGACCACAUGAAGGUCAGAAUGUGACCCCAGAACAUGGCACAUCAGCCAUUAAUGUGCUGAGAGCUGGCAGCAAGGCUGCCUUGGCAAAUCUAAAGCUUGAUCCUCUACCUAAUGCAAGUAUCUUGCAUUACCUUGAGUGAUGUUCAUCUUCAGUAGGUACAGAAUGAAUAGAUUGAGAAAUUGUCAUCCUCAGUAAAGUACAGUACCUAUAGAUUAACUGAACAAGGAUCAGCAUCACUAAAAUGACUAUCAUCUUUAACAGGGAAGAAUAUCAGUGCUUUGAGCAGGCAUCAUUCACCAUAAAAAAAGGAUCAGCACUUAUUUUAAGUGCUGUCAAGGGUAUACAUUUUAAAGGGAAUGCUUUAGGAAGUGUUAGGAACCAUUGUGAUGACUUUGAUAUGUUGUUUACGCAAAUUCCAAAUGGAAAAUGUUCUGGUUGUCUGGAGCAUAAGGAAGUAGAAUAGUAGGUUACAUGUGUAACUGUGGUUCUACGACUAAGUGGAGGACUGUCCAGCCACCUGAGUCAAUCAGGUUGAUAAGAAUGGCCAGAGGAUUUGCAUAAUGUAGCAGGGGCCUUUCAUAGGCUACACAUGUGCGGGCACAGUCAUAGUCAGGAGGUGAUCCAUCAUACCAUCAUAUUUGACAAUUUUGCCAUUAGAACUCGCCUAGGAACACGCACACAGAAAAACUCUACUAGUUCUGGAAAUAAGCCACCCUGGUGGUCCUUCACAUAUAGAAACCACGGUUACAUUCAUAACCUACCAUUUGGCUUUUUAGCUUAGUUCCCCUCAUAAGUGUAAUUAUGAGUUUAGCUUGUAGCAAAGCAAAGACGCAAUUCAUAUUUUAUGAGCAAUUUUUAUGCAAAGUUGUACAGUAUAGGUUAUGCUGGCAUUUCAUAAAAUUUGUCAUAGUCACUACAGAGGUAUCAACACUUACAGUUGUUGCUGUAGCAUUUAUGAUACAGGAGACAUCUGAAAACUAUGCUUUUCUUCUAAUGCUAUGCUUUUUUAUAUUUUUUUAGCGAUACCAAUGUUCAGACCAAACAAAUAAUAUUCAGCUAGUGGAAAAGGCAAUUCACUGAAGGGGAAAGGAUGCAGGACAAAGGAUGUUUCUGUUAGUCAUUAAUUUGGUGUGAAUUUUAUGUAGAUGAACUUUUUACCUGUGAAUUUGAAGACCUUUUUUUAUUUGAGGUGGGACUGUUGUCUUUCUAGUUGGUAAGAAAUGGAGGCGUCACUAAUUAAUAAGUAGCGGUCAUACCAGACAUUUGCCUUGUUAUUUUCUUAGGCUAGGUAUCCAGUUGCAUGUUUAUGGCCACAUGCUCGGCAUGCAUCUCUCUCUGCUUGAUGUCAUUUCUAUAACAUUGACAUGGAUUUGGCCAAACAAAAGGAUUACCCUUCAUGAAGCUCUUGCCAUUUUGGCUAAACCCAAUGCAGCAGCCACACUCAUUUGCAUAAUGUUCAGCUUUGCUGAACUUUUGCCAUCACACAGUAAUCCAGGAUUCUCUGCAAUGUAACCAUCAUGUACUGCACAGAUUUGACAGAACUCUCCACUGUAAUGAAUAGCAUCCGGCUCAGCAAAGAUGCACAUGGACAUGUGCCAUUAUAGUUGCAUGGCACACAUCUAGGAAAAAGACAGCUAGCUAUAAUUACCCCUACAUUGCACUUCUGUAUCAACAGACAGAUCAUUCAAUAAUAAACGUGCAGGGUAGGAUAUGUCAUGUGUCACCAUUUAAUAUUUUUUUCAGUAUGUAAGCCAUCAUAAUUUUCCUAUUUAGGCAGACAAGUUUGAUAUUUUCCUUUCAUGCCAGUAAUAAAAGUGUAAAUACCAAUUUUUAUACUGUAUCUGAUGCUCAGAUCUACAAAUGUCUACAAAAAAGUGAGUUUAUGAACAGUAAAAAUCUUUCACUACAGUUGUAGACAUUUUAUUAUUAUGUGUAAUAUCUGCCAUGGACCGGACUGCAAACUGGACAUGUGCUUCUGUUAAUUUUGUAACAAUUGUAUAAAGUAAGCUUAUACACUCAGCUGGUUGCUUAUAAAUCCAAACAUUAUAAAUAUCAGUUCAACCAACUUAUGUUUUAUCAGUUACGCUGUUAGCAUAGAGCCGUCCUGUCCGCCGACAUGCGCUAAGGUUUUUGUGGUAAAUUUUUUUCUAUUUGCCUGCUAGGAUUUUCUUGUUAGCAAUGGUGGCACCUCUGCCACUACGUAGUACUUACUACAGUUUUGCAUACCUGUUAAAUAAAAUAUAUAAUUUGGUUA